AUGACUGAGCAAUGGGACCAAGAUGCGCUACGUGCGCGAUUCUGUCACGCCCUCUCUGAAAUGUACAAGAGCGAAGUACCUUUAUAUGGGAACCUUAUCGAUGUGGUCUGGGAAGCAGAUGCAAAAGCUAUUCAAUCCAGUCAAAGUUCAGAGAGCAAACAUGUCAUCGAUCCCGAUGAUAUCCUGCCUUCACGCCACCGUGUAGAGAGACACGGUGCUAUCCGACUAGGGACAUCACAAGAGCUGAGCACAAUCCGACGCAUGUUCGCCGUCAUGGGAAUGUACCCAGUGGGAUAUUACGACUUGAGUCUCGCUGGCUUUCCUAUGCAUGCCACCGCAUUCCGACCAAAGACACACGAUGCUCUCGCAGAGCACCCAUUCCGCGUUUUCACAACAGUUUUGAGGAUGGAUCUCUUGACAGAACGAACACGAGAACUGGCACAGCAGGCGCUGAAGAGGAGAAAUAUCUUCACGCCAAGGCUUCUAUCACUCCUGGAGCUUGUGGAUGCAAAGGGAUCUUUAUCUUCAGCGGAGUGUUCUGAGUUUAUCGCAAAUGGGCUUGAGACUUUCCGGUGGCAUUCUAAGGCAACUGUUUCCCUAGAGGAAUAUCAGAUGCUUAAAGCCGAGCAUCCACUUAUCGCCGAUGUUGUCUCUUUCCCCAGCUCUCAUAUCAAUCACUUGACUCCUCGGACUAUCGACAUUGAUCUCGUGCAGCAACUCAUGGUCGAUCGCGGAAUGCCCGCUAAAGAACGGAUCGAAGGUCCUCCAAAGCGAGAAUGUCCGAUUCUUCUCCGGCAGACAAGUUUCAAAGCUCUGGAAGAAACAGUCUACUUUCGAGAUACAUCGGACUAUGUGAAAGGGUCUCACACUGCUCGAUUUGGCGAAGUAGAGCAACGUGGCUAUGCGUUAACUCGAAAGGGACGCCAACUCUACGACCAAAUCCUAGACCGAGUUAAUGCCGAAGCAGCGAAGAAUCAGAUCAAAGGCAACGACUACGAACUGCUUUUAGAGGAUCGCUUCAAGGAGUUCCCGGAUACCUUGCCGGCAUUGCGUGAGCAGAAUCUGGCAUACUUUUGUUAUCGCUUAACGCCGAUGGGCGAGAAACUAUCGGAAGAUAGCGACGAUGUUUCCAAAUUAGGAAACUCCUCGGUAUCACUUCAAGAGCUUCUAGACAAUGGUGUUUUGAGUUAUGAGCCUAUCACAUACGAAGACUUUUUGCCCUUGUCUGCAGGAGGUAUUUUCAACUCCAAUCUCGGCAACGUCUCUCAGUCCAAGCAACUUAUAAUGAGUGCUGAACCGGAUCUGGAUGGUUUCCAGCGCUCCUUGGGAUGCUUGAUAUCGGAUGAGUUUCAUCUAUACGCCGAAAUGCAGGCAAACUCUUUGGAGUAUUGCAGGGGGGAGCUUGGAUUGCGGGCAAUACAACUGUAA